AUGUUGCGCGACAGGCUGGCCGAGAAAGGUAUUUCGUUACCAUCCGGACGAAGAAAGACUGCCCCGACAACAUCGUUUACAGCAUUGUGCGAAAGGGAAGCUCUUGUGAUGGCUCGGGACUUCAGCAAUCUUUGCAGUAAUAGCCUGAACACGUUCGAAAUCGCUCGACACGCGAAUCGCCUUCAAUAUUCACCGCAUGAAUUGGUUAUCAUCAGGCGUUAUCUGGCCGGCAUAAUGGCGAUUUUUGACGAGGUGCCAGAAGAUCCAGAAGAUUAUGUUGAGAAGGAUUCUGCCACGCAUUCCAUUAACAUAUUUAGCAUGCUCACGCAUGGUUUUGGACACAAUGCCCUGAAAGCCUCCUUGAGAGUGUUCGGAAAGAUUGUUGAUCAGCAACAUGCUAUGCUUCAAGGGAAUACAUGUGGUAUUGAUAAUCUUGUCCCACGAAUGCCAUGCUCUUUUCUUGCUCGUAAUCCAUGUCAUAAAGAUAAGAAGCAAUUGUGGUAG